AAGAGUCUCUUCACUCAGCGCAGCAAGAAGAGCACGAUGACACCGUCACAGUUUGUCGUCUCUCUCAUGUGUUUGUCCUUGGGACAUAGUCACUUCAGAUUGGCCAAUCAAACACAGUCUUGUCUGUGAAGAGGGAGAAAAAAUCAAGACUCUUUUCAGUCCAGUCAGCUAUUUGAACACGAUGACUUCUCCAGAGUUGGUUUUAUAUGUUGCAUGUUUGUUCUUGUGCAAAAUGGCUCAGAUGAAUGAUCUGUCCUCAUCUGUUCGCCAAGAGAGUGGUUUUAUAGCCACUCAUGUUGGCCGAAGUAUAAUUUUACAAUGUUUCUAUGACAACGAUAUGGUAACAAGGUAUUACUGGUACAAGCAAAAUUUGGGAGAGAAACCGAGGCUCAUGGCUACCUUCUACACAUAUAAUAAAAAGGACACUUUUUAUGAUGAAUACGAGAACAAUCCACGCUUCACACUGGACACUGAAAAUGGUAAAAAUCACUUGAGGAUCUCAGAUUUACGCACGUCAGACUCAGCUACUUACUACUGUGCAAGUAGCUAUUCAGUAGCAUUUGAAUUUGGGGAGGGAGCUACUGUCAGUGUGAAGGGUUCAGGUUUGAACAUCCAGGCUUUGGUCCAUCAGUCCGGAUCUGACACCAUCCAGCCAGGAGGCUCUGUGACUCUCAGCUGUACAGUUCACACUGGGACCUGUGAUGGAGAACACAGUGUUUACUGGUUCAAAGACUCUGAAGAAUCUCAUCCAGGACUCAUUUACACUCAUGGAGACAGGAACGAUCAGUGUGAGAGGAAACCUGAGACACAAACACAAACCUGUGUCUACAACUUGCCGAUGCAGAGCCUGAAUCUUUCUCAUGCUGGGACCUACUACUGUGCUGUUGCCUCAUGUGGACACAUACUGUUUGGAAACGGGACCAAGCUGGACUUUGAGGAUGAGGACUCUCUUGUGUAUUUGCUGAGUGGGGCUCUCGGGUUCAGCACCAUCCUCAACGUGUUACUGGCUUUCUCAGUGUGUGUGAUCAGCAUGAGAGGAAACUGCCUCUGCACAGAGUCUUCUGUGAGAUUUUCUGAUCCCUCCAAGAACAAUGCAGAGGGUUCCCAAAAUGAAGAUGAAGAUGUUGUCUAUUACAUUGUUUUAAAGGAUAACGAGAUCAGGCGAAGAAGACUGAAGGACACCUGGAGUGAAUGUGUGUACUUCAGUGUAAAGCAGCAGAGCUGAACACGUUUCUUUCUUUAUCUCUGUGUGUCAUGAUUAUAGAUUCUGCCCUUUUCAAAGUAAAAUAUGGCUUAUGUCAAGUUUUGUAAAGCCUUGCUUUCCAAUAAACUCAUCAAACAAAGACAAGCACAGCAUUUCCUGUUUUUUAUGGUGUUGGUGAUGUCAUGGCUGACAUUAGUGAGCCAAACCAAAUGGAGGUUUCUUUUGUUUGACUUAUACGUUCAAGAGUAAUCUGGAUUAUUUACCUUGUGUAGAGGCUUUUAGAAAUGUAAAUGUAUUUAUAAAGGAGUUCAAGAAUAUUAGUUGAUUUCUUUGUAUUAAUAUUACUGUUGGUCAACCUGCCCUGUUGUGGUUCUGGCAGAAGUCUAGGUGAGAAUUGAACACUCUCUAUAAGCAGUUGGAUUUUUAUCUUGUGUUGUAUGUAAUGGAGAGCACUGUAAA